GUGUUUCUGAAAAGAUGGCUCUGAGAAAAGUUUUGGUGGUUAACAAAACAUUUCCCGCUGCUGGUUUGGAGUUAUUAAAAAAUCAAGUUGAGGUGAGCGUUGUGCCCCACAUAGAUCAUGAGCCCGAAAUUGUGUCUGCAAUAGAAAAUGAGUUGAAAGAGCAAAAAUAUGAUGGAAUAAUUUGGAAUACGAAGCACAGACUGACUGGACCUCGUUUGGAUUUGGCUGGACCAAAACUAAAAUGUGUGUCAACAAUGUCAUCUGGCUUGGACCAGAUCGAUGUAGAGGAGAUAAAAAAGCACGGGCUGCGCCUGGGCAAUACAGUUCAGGUCCUCGACAAUGCGGUGGCAGAUAUCGCCGUUGGACUGCUUAUAGGAGCGGCUAGGAGGUUCAAAGAGGGGGUAGAAGAAUUGGAGAGUGGCGCAUGGAAAGAAGGAGUGCAGUGGAUGCUGGGACAAGACAUCGAGGGCAGCACAGUGGGCAUCGUGGGCCUUGGGGGCAUUGGGCAAGCCAUCGUCAGGAGGCUGAAGGGGUUUGAUGUGAAGCGAUUCGUUUAUAGUGGGAGGAGCGAAAAACCUGAAGCCAAAACAUUGGGAGCAGAACGAAUACCCAUAGAACAACUGCUAAAGGAAAGCGACUACGUAGUCUUGUGCUGCCCGCUCACGAGUGAAACCAAGCAUUUGAUCAACGAUGAAAGACUCGGCACUAUGAAGAAGAACGCUGUUCUGAUUAAUAUAGCUCGAGGAGGUGUCAUAGACCAGGAAGCGUUGUAUAGAGCUCUGAAAGAAAAGCGUAUUUUCGCGGCAGGACUUGACGUUACAAGUCCAGAACCUCUUCCGGCGAACGACCCUCUAAUCUCAUUGCCCAAUUGUUUUAUUGUACCUCAUUUGGGCAGCGCUACAAACGAGACCAGGAACAUGAUGUCUAGAAUUUCAGCCAACAACAUAUUGUUAGCUUUAGAAGGGAAGCCUAUGGUUAAUCCUGUUGUUUAAUUUAAUUAAAUAAGUUUAACUCAACAACUCUCCUUCUUAUGUCAAUUGUGUUAAAUAUACACAUAGCAAUAACUUACUUAA